UUUUGAUUUGCAUUGGCUGGGCAGACUAGAAAAAACUGAAUGACAGACAGGCACAAUUUGGUUGGGAGCGAAACGCGAAGAGUAAUGGAAAGUUACGCACAGACGGAGUACUAUGUCUAGAUCUGCAGUAGGAACUUUAUUGCAUGGCAUCCUGAUAAUUUAAAUUAGUAAUUUUGCGUUAACAUCUGCGUAACUGCAAUAUGUGUUCGGCGGGGGAAAAUUCCUGUAAAUCGAUCAAGGAUGUUCUAGAUUUUUAAUGGCUGUACAAGCGCAAUUUCUUACACUCUCCUACCAAAAAGAAGAGGAUGUACCCGCUGAAUACAGAAUAACAUACAGAAGAGCUCCAUUCAUUUAUCUUGGCAUUCUUUGAGACAAGAAAAGCUACUUGGGGAUGUACGGUGAACUCUGUGACCGCACCAAACAGCAAGAAAAGCAUUAUUUGUUGUUGUCUGAGUUACAGACACUGGUUAAAGAUUUACCUAGCUCAUUCCAGCAACGCUUGUCUUACAGCACUCUGAGUGACCUGGCCUUGGCUCUAAUUGAUGGCACUGUUUUUGAGAUUGUUCAAGGUCUGCUUGAUAUCCAACACCUCACUGAGAAAAACCUUUAUAAUCAACGUCUGAAACUGCACAGUGAACAUCGAGCUCUGAAGCAAGACCUGUUGCGUAAACACAAGGAUGCUCAGCAGUCAUGCAAGCCCCACAAUGUGCCACUUCUUAAAGCAGCUCAGCGGAGGGAGAUGGAGUCUCUUGAGCAACGGAUUAAAGAUGAGCAAAGGAUGAUGGAUGAGAAGAUUGUCGUGGAGUUGGAUCAGAAGGUGAUUGAUCAGCAGACUACCCUGGAGAAAGCUGGAGUGCCUGGGUUUUAUAUCACCACCAAUCCACAGGUACAUCUGCGGCAGGAGUUGACUCUACAGAUGAAUUUACUUGAGCUUAUUCUGAAACUACAGCAGAAGGAUUUACAGUUUGAAGAUGACUUGACUUGAUCUGACCUGUUAAAUGAUGGCGGAAUAAUUUUGGACCAUCAUUUCAUUCAAACAUUGCUUUGAUGCACUCUAUUGAUUAUCCAAGUGUAUACAAGGUGUAACAUAUUUGAACUUCAGACCUUCGCCCUACUUGCAAGCAGGCAGCUAAAUAACAGGGAUCAAGCAGUAUUUGUUUCUUUAGUCUUCAGUGACAAUGGAGACGCACUACAGUAUAAACAAGUCGUCAUAAACGGUUUUGAUGCAUUCGGCUGUAUGUCUGUUUUGUGUUAUGCAGCUGUUAUUGUAGAAGUGUUAUGGAGAACAUGUUGAAACAGCUCUAAAAGUAAGAGCAAGCCAUAAGAAUUGACUGUUUUGUAUUAUUUUUUAGGUGGGGCUGUCGUUUAUUUUUGAGUUGUUAUACAACCCUACUUGCUGGACAGAAUUGGGGACUGUUGCAGCUAAUGUCACUUACAGACUUUCCUACCCUUUUCACCUCACUUUCUCACCCCCAUCUCAUUAGCAGUGUUUUGACACAUUGACAUCAGUAUAAUGGACACAACUAUGCACUUUUUUAGUGUAUUUGCUGCAGAAGAGAUGAACAUCUACUUGAAUGUAUUGAAAAGUUUUUCUGAAGUUAAGUCUCUGAACUUAUUCUGUGAUGUAUAAAUAUUAGCGCUUUUGUUUUUUUUUUUCCUUUUUUAUUUAAAAAGUUAUUUUUGUUACUGUUAACUGUACUAAAUGUUUGUAGAAAAAAAAGUCUGUAAACAUU